AUGGUCAUAGCUUAUCUGCCGCAGCAUGCGCUUGAUGCCAAGGAAGAUCAUCCGUAUCUAGAACCGGCAAUUGCUCCAUUUGCCGGCCGACUUGGAGGUAAUCAGGAUUUUAUCGUUGAUCGGAAUGAUCCGAAAAAUCUGGAAGUCCUGGAGCAGGUGCCCGAUGCGGCUCCCUGCAUGACGUUGGGCGAGAUCUUCGAUCUCAAGGGCUUUGCGAGUCUAGAUCUGUGGAAAUUCGCCAUGCUUGAAUGUGUCGAGCAGAGUUUUGCUUUUUUUGUGACAACGGAUUCUAACAUUCUUUCCGUAUAUAGCCAGUUUAAUGAAUGUUUCAUUUCGUGCUGGGUUACGACGCAUCCUCUUUCCAAGACCACUUCCCCGACUACCGAGGCUGGGGUCUAUGCCACCGUCACCUUUUUCUCCCCUCUCUUCGGCGGCAUUACCAAUCUUCUUUUGACCCCGCUCUUGAUCUAUACCUUUUCGCCCUCCAGCGGAGGCCAUAUUAGCCCGACUAUCACGCUGGCUACCUUCUUCGCCCGGAUUAUCUCCUUCCCACGCAUGGUACUAUACGUAGGAGGGCAAACAUUAGGUGGGGCAUUAGCUGGCUUUGCUCUGAACAGUGCCUACGGCAAUCGAGAAUUCACUGUGGGCGGAUGCCAUAUUGAUUCAACCAUGGUGCCGGCCAAGGACGGUCUGGUCAUUGAAUUCUUGGCGUGUCUGGUUCUCAUUUUCCUGGCGUUUGGCGUGGCUUUAGAUCCUCGACAGGCUAAGGUGUUUGGUCCUGCGACGUCACCUUGGUUGGUGGGAAUUGUCCUUGGAGUGGUUAGCUGGGGAACCGCUUUCACCCGGAUGGGCUAUAUCGGAGCCAGCCUCAAUCCCGCACGGUGCUUGGGAGCUUAUGUGGCGUCCUCAUUUCCGACUUAUCAUUGGAUCCACUGGGUUGGACCACUCGCGGCGGCUAUCGGGCACGGCUUGGUCUACUUUGUUGACCCACUUUGGACCGAGACGCGGAGUUCGCCGUGA